AUGUUCGUUCGCACCCUCUUUCCGGCCCUGCGCAGGGACCACGGCUGCCGCGCUGGGGAACACGGCAGCGCGACAAGGCCCAUAGCCAGCUCAAAGCUUGCGGAGGAACAGCCCAGGAUCAGGACGUUAUUUUAUCCCCUCAGCACGCUGGAAGGCAGCGUGGUUUCGCCCGUACCUCGAAGCGGCCAAGGGCGACGAGGAAAGGGCGCUCCCACUCACCACGGUCGCAGCUCCGGCUGCCUUUCCGGGUUGCUCUUGGGGACCACAGGGCCCCCAUUCCCCUCGGGUCACUGCCCGGGGGAAGAGUCCUAUCGCGGAGGCCGCUUACUGCCCUUCCUCCCCGUGAACGGAGCAAACCUCCUCCAGCUCCCUGCCCUGCUGCCGGCCGAGGGGCCGGCAGAGCCCCCCGACCUCCUCGAAACGGAGGGGGAAGCCAAGUUCGACCCCUCGCUGCUGGAGGUGCGGCUGUCGCCCAACUACGUGGUGUGUCGCGACUGCGAGGUGAUCAACGACGGGCACUCCAUCCAGAUCGUCCUGAAGUCGAAGUCAGUGUUAAUAGGCGGGCCGUUACCUCGAGGACAUGAAUUUGAACUACAUGAUGUUCGAUUUCACUGGGGGAGAGAAAACCAGCGUGGUUCUGAACACACAGUUAAUUUUAAAGCCUUUCCCAUGGAGCUUCAUCUAAUGCACUGGAACUCCACACUGUACAGCAGCAUUGAUGAGGCAGUAGGGAAGAAGCACGGCAUAGCUAUUGUUGCUUUGUUUGUGCAGAUUGGGAAAGAACAUGUAGGCCUAAAGGCUGUGACUGAAAUUCUCCAGGACAUCCAGUACAAGGGAAAGUCCAAAACAAUACCCUGUUUUAAUCCCAACUCUUUAUUGCCAGAUCCUCUACUACGUGACUACUGGGUGUAUGAAGGCUCCCUAACCAUUCCGCCCUGCAGUGAAGGUGUCACCUGGAUAUUAUUUCGCUAUCCUUUGACUGUGUCCCAAGUGCAGAUAGAAGAAUUUCGUAGAUUGAGGACACAUGUUAAAGGUGCAGAACUUUUAGAGGGCUGCGAUGGAAUCUUAGGAGAUAACUUUAGACCAACUCAGCCACUUAGUGACAGAGUCAUCAGGGCUGCAUUCCAGUAGCAGAAGAGGAAGAAAAACAAAAAUAAAUCAUUAUUCAGAGUGGGGGAAGACAAUGCUCCCACAGUGCCCUUGGAUGAGAAAUGGAAACUUUUGAGACUGCUGCUUCAGUUGAACCACAAAGCCUGUAUUGUUUGCCUUCAUCUAGUUCAGCCUUGAUAGACAGCUGUGACAGUUGGUCUGUCCACACGGUCCGGUGAAAUUCUGGGAAUGGAUCUGUACAUUAAAAUAAAAAAACACAUUAAAUCUUCCAAUUCACACUGUUACCUAUUUUAAAAUGGUAAUUAUCAUUACUUAUGUAGUUUCUUUACUAUCUCAUUCAAUAUUGGUCCAAAUAGUACUAGUUUUAAGCUUGGCAUGAAUGUUAAUAUAUAUAGAAAUACUCAUCACUGUUUUGAAUUUUGGAUUUAAUUUUAUUUUAUGGUAUUUCUUGUGCUGUCAUUAACUAAUGUCUUUUCUGUAGAGGGGAGGUACAUUCUGUAAAGCUAAUAAAAGCAUUCACUGUGCACAGAGGAUAUUAUGUCAAUUAAGAAAUCAGUUUUGGGCAGAAGGGAACACUUCUCUGCCAAACCUAUACAUGUAACAUUGUUUAGCUGAAUAAAGCUGAGUGACGUUGGCAUUACUAGGAACCUUUUUGAAAUAAGGAACCGUUUUGAAACGAGGAGAAUUAACCAGUGUACCAAUAAACAGAGUCAUCUGGAUUA